AUGCUUCCAAUCGAUUGUCAGGGGGACCAGGCUCUAUUACUAUCUCAUGCUACGGAAUGUCUUGCUAAAGCUGCGACCGCGCUCUCCGAGGCGGCUGAGGCAGUAGCUGCCGCAGCAAAAUCGUUGAUUUCCGACAACGAUAACGUCCUCUCGACACCUCGAUUCCACGAAGGAAUGGAAAACAAUAACGGGAUUAACGCCAUCGUGGACUACGAAUCAGAUUCUGGCUCGUCUCCGGUUAUGGAACCCUUGCCAAUGCCAGUCAACGAUACAAAUAAUGCGCAUUGGACGCAGGAUUAUGGUCAAACCAUUGUCGGUCCCAGUGACCAAAAACCAUCCAGUGGUCGACCCACGACGCAAGAAAUACAAAACCAUAAAGGUCCUACAGACAUCGCCGCCCAACGAAUUGUUGCCGAGGAACGCCCAGGAUCCAGUAUUACAACCCUGCCUCUUCCGGCAAUGUACCAGUCAGUCAAUACGGAUAAAAAUGAACCCGACGUCCUUUUGGCUGUAUGUGCCUUGGUUCACUUGGGAGGAAAGUUCAUCUGCUACUUGCGUAGCUCUGUCAGGUCACUUCCUAUGUAUAAGACUAUCCUGAGCACGGCAGGAGUUCCGGUUCACAUUGCCAAAUCCUUUUCUUCAGAAGAUCUAGAACACACCGUGAAAUCUUUUGAGAAUGAGCCGAACUCAGUCCUACUACUUCCCGCCAGGUAUCCCCAGAAAAUUAUGAUCAACAAAACGGACUACCAAAUCUUACAUGUUGGCUGGCCUUCGGACGAACUACUCUAUAAACAACAGAUAAAUGACCAUCAAGCCAAAAACAACGUAUUAGUAACAUACUCGGGGGACCGAGACGUCUAUCUCUCCAGUGACGGAAUUCUCAUGGAUUCCCAGCCAUGGUCCCAGUAUAAAAUUUUAUUCGAGACCACCUGCACGACUCUACGUCGCUAUUUAAUCAGACACUCGACGAGAUUUCCUCCAGCGUUAAAGCCAAGGCAUACCGCAUACAAUGGCGAUAAUUCUGACAAGACUGGUGCUCAGGUUGAUCUACCCGAGGUUUCUGAGGGGUUAGUUUCUAGCCAGAACCUCAAAUCUGCGGUGGAAGAAGGGCUUCUUCGAGUCAAGUCUAACUCUGAGUUGAAGCAUGUGUCAUCACAGCUCAAAACCAAUAUACUACCAGGUAGCGCUAUAUCAUUGAGCGGUGAAAAGAGCUCAAACCCUUUAAUUAAUCUCAGUUGUAAUACAGAACAGGCUCCUGCAACUCAAUCCGGGGGCUCCAGCAUACCACCUAGCUUAAGCUUCGAGCCGGAGGAGCCGGGUAGCUUGAAUAUACAAAAGCCGGUCCAUAUCCCAACACGACCACCUUCCAGGACCAUUUCGGUUACCGAGAGUAGUGGAAACAUAGCGCCAGGUCGCGAAAAUCAGUUACCACGAUCGCACGUUACACAGUACCUUAUCAUUGAAGCCGAUCUCGAUACUGUUCCGGCACUAUGCCACCUAUCAACCCGACCAGGCUCUAGGAACGUGAUAUGCUUUAUCAAGUGCUUGGCCGCAUUGGAGCCAAUUAUCAAAUUGCUUGAACAGAUGGUUGCCAAACCUGCUUUUUGCGUAAAAGGUAGUGAAUCACAACUGGCUGAAAAUAUUAAAACGGCGCUCCGCUCAGCGGCCGGGUGCCUUAUUUUUUGCAGCAUGUAUAAUGAGCGACCGGCCGGGCUGAAAAAUGUGCUCGUUGGGUUAACUAUUCACUUAGGAUGGAUAGAUAAUCUUCAAAUGUAUUCUUCCCAGAUUCAACAGGACAACAAUACUGUAAUAUUUCUAAGGAGGGAGACACAGGUGCCGAACUGGCCAGAAGUAUCCGCUAGUCUUGAUCGAGCUCAGGUGGUCCCGGUCAACGCAUCGACCAAACGGCUUUACAACCGUCAAACUGAAAACUCAGUUCUUCAGCUCGGCAGGAAUACAUGGAGAGAUUUGUUGACCACUAGUGCAUCCGCACCACUGAUUCGUUCAUCAUACAUGGCAUGGAUAACCCACCACUACAUCGGGCGACAUAAGGAGUUAGACUGGACUGCUGUUGAUGUGGUCACACAUGCCAAUAAUUACUUCAAGCGCGUAUUUCGCAGCGGAAGUGGUGGAGACGCUUAUCAAGAUCGGCCGUUAGUCACUGCGGGAUUCAUUAAACACCUCGGCUUAGAAGCUGCCGUGGCAGCAGGGCUAUUGGCAACUAAGGGAUGA